AUGGAACCUAGCGACUCUUCCCAGUCGCAUGAAGUUCCUGCGCAGUCGAGCCCAGUUCCCAUUGCACAGCUCUCUCCAACAUUAGAUGACGUGAGCCGACGAUCUUUUCAUGCGGUUGUCACCCUCGUGUGGCCAUUUUCAAACUCCAAUCGAGCUUUCAGUCUUCUUCUUGCCGAACCCGAUUUUCGCUUGCGACGCCACAACGGCCAGGUCAAGGUCACCUUCCACGGUUUUUGCGCUGAGGAAGUCGCUCGCACCAAGGUUGGGAUUGGUGAUGAGGUCACUCUCUGGCUGGAUGGCGCCAGGUGGACAGACAAUGAGGAGGCUAAGGCUACGCCUGGAAGGGGGUUGCCCUGGGAUCUUCACUUCGAGAAGCGUGUCAAGCUCAAGGUCACUCGAAGUUCCGAAUGCUUAGCUACACUCGAAAUCAAUCGCUCUCCCUCACCUCGUGCAAAAGAGGCGAUCGCGUUCGAAACAGUAAUCCCGGUCACGGGCAUUCCACGUGCAGAGGACCAUACAGGGGAGUUAAGGGAUCAGUGGGAAUCCCCUGCCUUCCUGAGAUCGGCGCGGGUAUCGCUGGGAAGUCCGUUGGACUCUGCAUUUGAUCCUUUC